GCCUUAUCCGCACUCCACUGUUUCGGCUCCACAUCCCCAGCUAUACACACAUACAUUUGCACAUCACCUACGUCAACUUUCAAGAAGGUCAUCCUUCCUUCACCAAUGUCUUAUUCGAGCUAUAAUUCUGGAGCUGCAACUUGGCAAGAGAGACUCGAAGAGAAGUGCCGUGAGGCCAACUACCACCCUCCGGUAUUCCAAAUCAUGUCUGACAGACGUGGUGGUCGAACCGCUUGGUCCAGCACAGUCACUGUGCAGGGCCAGAGCAUCCCCGCGAGGUUCUGGUACGAUGGAGAUCAUGUCAACAAUGCGAAGGAGGACGCUGCAGAGGUAGCUUUGAAGCACAUCAGUACCUCGAACCCAGGCUCCCCUACCCAGAGUCGCUCUGGAUGGUGAAAUUCCAUCAAAGCAACGAACACCUCAGCACACUCGCUCGAAUUGGCCUGUAUGAUAGGAUGGUAAUAAACAGUCUUCAAUGUGGGAACAGCAUGGGCCGGCGCAACACAAGGGCUUCUGGCGUCGGAUAUCGUUACGGUCAACAGGACGGGCGAGCGUUUUCGGGCAGUGGAGUUGACAGAGUUUACUGGCUAUGAGAUUCGUUAUCUUUCCCUCUUUUCGGGCAUGUGGAUGGAAAUGUUAGACUUGGAUUGGACUUCUAUCUUUGUUUUAAACCCACUUAAAUUCCCAGUAGAUAUUGUUUCAAGAAUCAAACUUGCUUCUUUUUUACUUCUUCUGUCAAGGGCCGAAUUGAGUUUCGUGUAGUGUUGGUUUUGGUAGCGAACCACGUUAUCGAGCGAGGUAAGGGACGAUGUUGAUGGAAGAAGAAAGUUGAACGUUGAAGGUGUCCACGGUCAUACAAGAUCCCAGCAUCCCGGUUGA